AUGGAUUCCAAAGUAACUAUGUUCGGAGUCUUUUUCACUGUCGCAAUUCUGGGUUGUCAUCCCUCUCUGGCUUCUGAUGACAAAUGCUUUAUACCCCCAGUUAUCUUUAACUUUGGGGACUCCAAUUCUGAUACAGGUGGUUAUGCCGCCACUCAUGGCCAGUUUUUUGGCUCCCCCAAUGGUCGUGUAUUUUCCGGCAACUUCUCCGACCGGAUGUGCGAUGGACGGUUAAUAAUCAAUUUUCUAUGUGAGAGUCUGAAGACACCCUACUUGUCUCCAUUUCUGGAAUCUCUCACUUCAAGUUUUGAGAAUGGCGUCAACUUUGCUGUCUCUGGCUCGAAGACUGUCAAGAAAGAUAAUGAAGAUGAACUUUUUACUUUGAGCACACAAGUGCUUCAAUUCAGGCGUUUCCGCACCAUCUCCCUCAAAUUGCAUGCAGCAGGAACCAAGGGCGCUUUUGGGGAUAUGGAUUUUGAAAAGGCCAUGUACAUGAUUGACAUCGGCCAAAAUGAUAUUUCCCAAGCCUUUUUGGAGGACCACCUCUCAAAGCCUCAAGUCAUAUCAAAUAUUUCAUCUUUCAUAUUUCAAAUCAAAAGUGCCAUAAAUGUCCUUUACCAUGCUGGAGGGAGAAAUUUUUGGGUCCACAACACUGGGCCACUGGGUUGUCUCCCUUACGUGCUUACAAAACUGGGAGGAGAAGUGGGUGCCCAGUUUGAUGAGAUUGGUUGCCUCAAGUCUCAAAACGAAGUUGCCCAGGAGUUUAACACCAAACUCCGGGAACUUUGUAAUGAGUUGAGGCAUGAGCUGAACGAUUCUAUGAUUGUGUACGUGGAUAUAUACAUGAUCAAGUACUCUCUCAUUUCCAACUAUCGCCUAUACGGUUUCGAGAGCCCAUUGAUGGCAUGUUGUGGGGGUGGUGGCGCACCCUACAAUGCCAAAAUAUUUUGUGGGCAGGGCACCGUGUGCAAUAUAGGGCAGAGAUUUAUCAGCUGGGAUGGAGUGCACUACACAGACAACGCAAAUGCUGUGUUUGCGGCACAAAUUGCUUCCACUAAUUACUCAACUCCCCCACUGAAAUUUAAUUACUUUUGCACCUGAACUCUCUUUAAUUUGGUGUAAUUUUAUAUAUUUUCUGUUAUAUAUAUCUACUGAAUGUUAUAUGUUUUCGAUCAACCGUGCUUAAUGUUAUAUG